AUGGAGGACUCCGAGCGACGACCCAAGCGCUCCCGCUUCGACCAAACGGAGCCCGAGCCCAGGCGAGCAUCGAGAUUUGACCGGCGCUCUCGAUCUCCACCCACGCGCCGCCACGAGGGGAGAGAUCGCAGUCCCCUUUCCAAGGAGGAGAGUUCCGAGACAAAAAAGCCCCCGGUGGACGCCGCCGCGGCUGCUGCCGCUGCUGCUGCCAAGAUCAACGCCCAGCUGCAAGCACGAAAGGCUCCUCAGCAUGUUGACGUUCCCCCGAUCAAGUCUGCAGGCGGACAGUCUGCCGAAUCAGGCGACCAUGAAAUGAAGGCCGAGAUGUAUGUUGCUGAUGGCGACUACAUCCAAGACAUCGAGGUCAACGACUUGCGAAAUCGAUACCUGUUGACCAAGGGCUCUACUCAGGAAAUGAUCCGAAAUGAAACUGGCGCCGAUGUUACGACCCGUGGCAGCUACUACCCUAACAAGAGCAUGGCGACCGCAGCGAACCCUCCUUUAUAUCUCCACAUCACUAGUACAUCCAAGGCUGGGCUUGAAGCUGCCGUGGAAAAAAUCAACGAUCUAAUCAAGCAGGAGCUCCCUCAACUGGUCGACGAGCGGCGAUUUCGACGUCGAGACCAGGAGCAGCAGCCGCAAGUUGAACGAGAUGAAUAUGGACGACGCAAAUGGCCCGAGGAGAAGAUUCCCAUCACCCUUGAGCCCGUUCAUGGCUUCAAUCUCCGUGCUCAGGUAGUCGGCCACGGUGGUGCCUAUGUGAAGCAUAUCCAGCAAGAAACUGGGUGCCGUGUUCAGAUCAAAGGCCGAGGCUCAGGCUACCUUGAGGCCUCCACUAACCAUGAAAGCGAUGAAGCCAUGUUCCUCCACGUCACCGGACCCGAUCCAAAUAUGGUCACCAAGGCCAAGGAGCUCUGCGAGGACUUGAUUGCAAACGUCAAGGAACAGUACGAGGAAUUCAAGGCCCGGCCGCCUCGCUACAAUAAUGACCGUGGUGGAUAUGGCGAUCAUCACCACCGGGGAUCCCACGACAGGUCGCAUGGUGGCUCUCACAACAACUCAUAUUCUUCGUACAACAGAUACAACUCGGAUAGUGGUGCAACCAACAGCCCUGCCCCUGCAGCCAAUGCCACUCCAAAUGCCGCCGACUAUGCCGCUCAAUAUGCUCAAUAUUACAACGGAGCUGAUCCCUACGCUGCCUGGGGAGGAUAUGCUAACUAUGUCGCCUUGUAUCAACAGUAUUAUGGAGGUCAGACUCAAGCACCAGGUCAGAGCUCACAUGCUGCAGCCCCAGGUCAAUCCGGUUCUCCGCCGCCGCCUCCUCCCCCUGCCGAAGCGGCUCCUCCCCCUCCCCCUCCCCCAAGCUCUGCACCACCCCCUCCACCACCAUCUGGGCCGCCUCCUCCUGGCGGAAGCUUCAGCGCUGUUCCACCUCCUCCUGGGCUUUAG